AUUAAACAAAUCAGAAGUUAGAGUUCUUCUUAGAGCCCAUCAAGUAUCUAUAGCUGAAAAAGAACAGCAGAUAUUUAAGGUUAUGUACUACUUUCCCAAUCCCCAGGUUGGCAGGUCUUCCAAGGAAAAUGAUAUAAUGCUCCUCAAGCUAAACAGUAUUGCAAAGCUGAAUAAAUAUGCACAACUUUUGCCUCUGCCUGACUCUUGUGAAGAUAUCAAACCUGGCACAAAGUGCAAGGUGGCCGGCUGGGGAGUCACAUCUUCAGAAAAGCCAUCAACAUGUCUUCAGGAAACAAUUCUUAAAAUUGUUGAUAGAAAAAGCUGCAAGAGCAAAUAUAGAAAAUACAUGAAAAUAACCAGCAACAUGUUGUGUGCUGGAGGGCAAAAUAAAUUUUCAGUGAGAGAUGCUUGCAAGAGAGACUCAGGUGGGCCGUUAAUCUGUGCCAGUUGAUACAGUGGGAUCGUUUCUUUUGGAAAAAGAUAUGGAAUAAGAGACAUGCCUGGAGUUUAUACAUGACUGACUGAAAAAUAUAUUGACUGGAUAAAAAAAAUAAUUUCCUUUCACAGAGAUCCAUGA